GGUUCCCGGAUGGAGCGGCGCCGCCAUCUUUACGCCACUGCCACCGGUGGGUCUUCGAAUCAGCGGAGCCGCGGUGCAGUAGCUGAUCCGCCGAGCAGCCGACUAUCUUCCUCCCCCCCUGCUUCCCACCGGGACGCCACGACCAGCCGAGCACCAUGGCGGAACGAGAAGAGUGCGUGUACCAGGCACAGCUCGCCGAACAAGCCGAGAGAUACGACGAAAUGGUGGAGUUGAUGAAGAAAGUGGCCAGUCUGGACGGUUAUCUGAACGUGGAGGAGAGGAACCUGCUGUCGGUAGCGUACAAGAACGUGAUCGGAGCCAGAAGAGCCUCCUGGAGGAUAAUCAGCAGCCUUGAACAGAAAGAAGAAUCCAAAGGCGCAGAGGACAAACUAAAGAUGAUCAAAGAAUACGGAAAAACAAUCGAGAAAGAGCUGAAGGCAAUCUGCAACGACAUCCUGGACGUACUGGACAAGCACCUCAUCUUAGGUGCGAAAAAUGGAGAAUCUAAGGUUUUCUACUACAAAAUGAAGGGAGAUUACCACAGGUACCUUUCAGAGUUUGCCACAGGCAACGACAGGAAGGAGGCAGCAGAGAACAGCUUGGUAGCGUACAAGGCUGCUAGUGACAUCGCCAUGAUCGAACUCCCUCCAACGCACCCCAUCCGUCUGGGAUUGGCCCUAAACUUUUCAGUUUUCUAUUACGAAAUCCUCAACUCGCCAGACCGUGCUUGCAGGCUGGCGAAGGAAGCUUUCGACAGCGCAAUUUCCGAACUGGACACGCUGAGCGAGGACAGCUAUAAGGACUCUACACUUAUCAUGCAGUUGCUACGUGACAACUUGACACUAUGGACCUCGGACGUGCAGGGAGAUGACUCUUAAGGACAGCCCUCUCCUUCCCUCUUCCUCCAUUAUACAAGUGUAUUUUCUGAAGAACAGAACAAAGAACCAGUGCAAGAAGUGGUGGACGACCCCCCCCCAGAGUGAACAACACAAGACAAGCCCUCCUCCUCCUCCUCCCUGGUUUCUACCCCCCCAGCCCUCGCUCCUGUCCCCAGCCACCGUUUUCAACUGGGUUUAUACUGCAGCCCACUCUCUCUCUACCUUUUCCUCCAUUUCUACCCAUCUGUCACACCUGCUCCCAGUAUGCACGUCAUCUCCCAGUUCCCUCAGGACCCGCUCGGGUCUUCAUUUCCUCUCCCAGGGGCUCAACCUUUAUUUUUUCUUUUCUUUUUGGAUGACUCCUUUUUUUUUUUUUGCAAGUCUGUACCCUUUAAGGUUCAUGUCCUCUUUAUUUUUGUGGGUUUUAUUUUUGCUUUACUUUGCUCUAUCAUCUGUUGCCAAGUAUGCCUGCCUGUAUUUGUAACACACAUGUGUGAGAGUUUAUUUAAAGACGGAACUUUGCCGUUCAACUUUUUUUUGUUCCUGCGUGUGUGUGUUUUAUGAAUUCAUCGUCCAUGCUUCUGUCGGUCGGUUUUGCAAAUUGCGGAAAUAAAGUGGUGAUGGAAGGUUCAAAAGGGACGUGUUAAAGCUUUUAGGAAGAACUAAGUGCCCUGUUUACUUCGUGGUUACCCCACCUGCUCCUUCAACACAUCAAUAGAUCCUUUUUUAAAACGACAAACAGCAGAAUGUCCCCCCGUCUUCAAGCAUCACUCUGACCUCUGCUCUCGUCCACUCUCGGACCAAGUAUUGUGCUGCGAGGCUGUAGCUCUUUUGCUAAUGGCAGAUAGUUAGGUAAUGGCUUUUUAGCAGACAAAAUGUGUGUGUGUGCGUGGGAGGGGAAUGCUCUACACUCUUGAUUGUAACGUAAUGCACUAUAUUAAAAAACAAAACAAAAAAAGGUUUGGGAAAUAGAGGCCUGCUGUAUCUUUACUCCCCUGACUCUUCCAGGUUUCCUCUUCUCAACUCUCUCUUUCCUCUCUUUUCCUUCUGUUCAGUAUGUGUAACGUGAAUCUGAUUUGUACUACUGGAUAUUCUCACCGGAGCCACAAGUACCAUCUGUAUUCUUACUGAAACGCAGCAUGGAAUUAACAUUAAACUUCAGAUUGAAAAAAAAAAAAUGAUUU